AUGAGCACCGAUCCUGAAGAUAUCAAAGCGCCCUCCGGGAAAGCAGACCACGUUGAGCACAAAUCUCAUCUGGCAUCAGCCCCUGUCGCUCAGGUCUCUGCUCUGCAGUCCGCGAAAGAAAACCCGAGGGUCAUUCUUUUCAGUCUCUGUGCCUGCAUCGGCUCAGUGCUAUGGGGUUACGAUAUCGGUAUCAGCACGAUCACAAUGGCCCUCCCAGCUUUCAAGCUAGUAUUCGGCUACGAGUACCAAGGCCAACUGCUUCUAUCGGCAACCUGGAACUCACUGUGGACAGCUAUGACCUUUCUAGGAAUGCUCAUAGGGGGUAUAAUCUGUGGCUGGGUGAGCGAUAAGACCGGCCGCCGACCAGGCUUCGUCGCCGGGUCCCUCAUCUCUAUCGUGGGGAUCGGUCUGCAAUAUGGUGCCUCUUCGCAGGGAAUGCUCCUAGCGGGAAAGACCAUAAACGGCCUUGCCCUCGGCUUCUUCCUCGCCCUCGCCCCCGUCUACACCUCGGAAAUCGCCCCUCUCCCCCUCCGCCCUGUCCUCACAGGCUCCGUCAACUUCUUCCUAAACGCCGGCCAAAUGGCCGCCAUCGGCCUCGGCAACACCCGCUUCACAAUCAUGACCCCAUCAUCCUACAAAAUCCCCUUCGCAUCGCAAUGGGCCUUCCCCUGCGCAAUCCUCCUCGUCAUCCUGAUCAUGCCCGAGAGCCCCUGGUACCAAGUGCGCCGCGGCAACGAAGAUGCCGCACGGGCGAGUCUCCGCCGGAUAUUAGGCGACAAGCCAGAUUCCAUCUCGGGGUUUAUGGAGGUUAUCCAGAGCACCGUUGAACAAGAGCGGCAGUUGAGCUCCCUGCAGAGGAGCGUUCGGUACUCGGACUGUUUUAAGGGCCAGAAUUUCCGGCGGACGAGGAUUUCCUGUGGCAUGUUUUUCAUCCAGCAGGCGGCUGGUGUGGCGUUUUAUGCGCAGGCGCUGUACUUCCUGGGUAUUCUGGGGCUGGAUACGGGGCUUACGUUCAAGCUGGCUCUUGCGGGCUUUGGUGUCGCCCUUGUUGGGAAUAUGCUCUCUUGGGUUCUCAUGUCGUUUGUUGGAAGACGAACCCUCCUAUUGAUCGGCCUAAUCCUCAACGGCGCCCUACUCAUCGGCGUCGGCGUCGCCGGCUGCUUUUCCACACAAUCAGCCCUCUACUUCGUCGCGUACGCCAUGAAUUUUGCACUGGCCAUCCACGCGCCAACACUCGGCGCCGUCUGCUGGAGUGUAUCGGCAGAAAUCAGCUCCGUCGAGAUGCGCGCACACACGCAGAGUCUCGCGACUGUUUCCAAUGCAGUCAUCAGUUGGUCAUUGAGUUUUGUUACACCGUAUUUGAUUAAUACGGAUGAAGCGAAUCUCGGUGCCAAAGCUGCGUUUGUCUGGGUCGGUCUAUCCGUUGUCAGCUUCAUCUGGACGUGGCUGGAGGUUCCAGAGACAAAGGGGCGGUCGGCGGAGGAGCUCGAUCGGUUGUUUGCGGAGAAGAAGCCUGCUUGGAGGUUUGAGUAGUGUAGAAGUGUGGUAGUCCCUACUACUAUGUCUACCUGGCCUCAGUGGUGUUGUCGCUACCAAUAAGGCACGACGGUUUGCAUCGUGCGGCUAGUAUGACUAAGAAUUUGUGUAUUGAGAAGGAAG